CCCGGUCCCCGCCCCCCGCAGAGAUCCUGACUUCGGCCCCGCCCCCGCUCGCGGUGGGCCCCGUGCGCGCGGGUUGGAGGAUGCCGUCAGCGGCUGCGGGGCACUAUGGGCAGCAAGAUGGCGGCCGCCAGCAGGGUCGUUCAGGUAGUCAAGCCACAUACACCCUUAAUCAAGUUCCCGGACAGAAAAAAUAGUCCCAAACCUAAAAGUUUUGAAAUCUGGGUUUCAGUGCAGGAAUCUCUACAAGCAAGGGUACCACCAUUCCAUGCUUCAGCAGCACAUAUGUCUGUAGGAGACAGACCACCAGCCCUUCAAAACAUUUCAUCCAUUAAUAGAGUACAAGGCACACCAGACACAACAGAAUUAGUAAAAACAUUACCUCAAAAGUACAGGAGAAAGCUGAUGUCAGAUGAGGAGAUGGAAUACAUUCAACGUGGAGGUCCAGAAUAAUUACAGAAGAUACUUGUUCCCUACUGUUGAAUGAAUUAUUGAACUCACAUUAAAGGCCUUCCUCACUCUAUGAAUGUUAUAAACAGUGUAAUAGCUUUAAUAAAGACCCUGUAUAAAGGGGUGAGAAAGAUGAGACUUUA